UGUUGUUUCAGACUUGGGAGUUUAAUAUGGAAGUGAAGCUUUAGACAUUGUGUAUUUUGGUACUAUGCUAUUAAACCAUUUCUCUUUUCCAGAGGUAAACACAUUCCUAAGCAUUUGCAAUUUUGGAAAUCUUGAAUUGGAUCUUCCUGCCGAAAGCGCCUUUGGAUUUCUGAUGUAAUUCCCACAUCAGGGCUACCUGAGGGUUCUUUUCAAGACCCUGACCUGGAGUUAUAUGCUGACUUUGGUUCUUUGCGGGCCCAGGAUCCGCUCUCAUGGUCUUACGACUGGCUGCUAUUCGAUAUACCAAGGAUGUGGCCUAGAAGACCAGCGCACCUUCGGGAUUUCCUGGCUCUGGAGGCGGGCGGACUCGAGGUUCGUGCCGCUGUCCGGUGUGUCGUGGGAGACGGAAGAUCAAAAACAGUGAGCUGGCCACUGGCUGUGUACCCAGAGACCCGAGCUCUUUGGGCACAGAGCUCAGAAAAUGUGACGCAGCAGACUUUUAACAUCGUAAAUCAGCGAGUUGUUUGUGAUGUCUCCCCUCUCACUGUGAAAUGGGGACAUCUCUCUUUCCAUUAUUAGGGAGAGAGCGAGCCUGUGAGAGAAAUGGACCGGUUGAUGGACUAGUGCCAACUGAAGGCUGUUCCCAUAUCUGGAUAACAUCACCAUCUGCGGUCACGACCAGCAGGAUCACGACAACAACCUCCGAAAUUUUUUCCAAGCGGCCAAAGCUUUACAAGUGUGUGUUUGGAACCACCCAACUUGCUAUCCUUGGGAAAUCGACCACCAGGACCACCCUACCGGCUUGGCUGACGUCCCCGGGGCCAGUGCUGCUCCGGAAACAUGCGAGGAGCAAUAAAUACUCCCCGCUGGUCGAGCGGGUUCACCUUCUACAUGCAAACCCCCAGUAUGCCUACGUGGUCUUACCUGAUGGGCGGGAGGACAUGGUCUCCGUCCGCGACCUGGCGCCUGCAGGAGCACCAGACCCCUACCCUGAACACUCCACGGUGACUGUGAACCCCGUACCCACCAGGGUGUAUACCCACGAGACACCACGCACUCCAAGCCCUACACAGACACCACAUGACACUCCUAUACCGGGCACGACGCACAUGCACGAGGGAUUACCGACACCUAACGUGCUGGCACCUCAAGUCAGGCCGGAGCCAGCACAACCACUGUUGCUGGUGCAAUCACCACCAGUGCUACGUAGAUUGCAGCGAUGGACUCGACCACAUGAUAGACUUGACCUGUAAAUAUACUUGUCUUAAAUAUUGUCAGUCACUUCACCCCACGGGACUCUCUUUUUAAAAAGGAGGGGUGAAUGUGGGAAACCAUGUACAUAGGUUGUAAUUGGGUUAUCUGUCUGGAUGUUCCUGGACACGCCCCUCUGCUGACUGCUCCUCUGGCUCCUCCCACAGACCCCUGAAUAAAGGCAAUUGGGGUACUGCUCCUCCCACUGUCCAAG